AUGCUGAGCACAAUUGUCAGUUUGUCUUUGAGCCUAAAUCUUGUUUAUGGACUGUACCCGUCUAGCAGAAUAGUAUACUACCUGCACACAACACCGGCGUCAUGGGCGUCGGCCAGAGAUACGUGUGCUAGGUAUGGGGGCCACCUGGUCAACGUGAAGAAUUCUGCCCUAGUGGACGCCGACGUCGAUACCUUGAAUAGGUGGUUACAGUGGAAGGAUGCUUUCAGCGGAGUGACUUCAAACUUGUGGACUGGACUUCACCGCUUCACUGAUCCCAACUCUAACACAGACACAGUGCUAUGGCAUCCCUGCCAGCGAUUUACUAAUGCGACUUAUCCCAACGGAGACAUAGCGAAACAGCUGCUUGAGAGUCCUCAUUACUGCACCAGCGCGGAUUAUGCAUUCACACUGUCUCCAACACCUUGCGAUAUCAAGUUACCUUACAUCUGUCAGAUAGAUGAAGGCCAGUGCUACUUUCUGCCGCUGGAGAAAAAUGCGUUUAAGAACACUCCGGCAGUAACAAGCAAUGGGGACCUGAACACUUGUGCCAGGAGCUGCAGAAACGACAUCGACAAAAGUGGCGCCGAGUGUUGGGGCUUUAUGGUGAAAGAGGGAACUUGCAUGAUGUACAGGAGUACCAAAAGGCAUGCUUUCAUCAAAAGUCCUGGAUCAUACCUGACACCGAACGAGAACAUGACAUCUUACUUUAAGAUAUGUACUGGAGGUGAAGCGACAGCAAUGAAACCUGUCACAGAUGACAACUCCGUCAAACCUGAACAUGCCAACUGCUCUGUAACAGACGGGAGCGCAGAAAUCUGGGAUAAUGGUGUCUGCUAUUGCGACUGUGACCAGCCACCCGUGAUACUAGACCCGGAAUACCUGGCACUUCCCAUUGAUGUCAAGGUCAGCAACAUUGUAAGGGAGCUGACGGUGAACGCAGACAACACGUCUGCAAAUUACCGGAAACUAAACAGCAUAAAUGACGAGAGACCAAGCGCUAAAAGUAUUGGGGCCGCGGGAAUAAUCAUUCUGGCUGCAGUGUUCGGAGGGCUUGUCCUGCUUGAUUUCGAUGUACUAGUCACGCACGUCUGGCAGGCCUUCUGUCGCGGAGAAGGCGUUAAAAAAGACGAUAACGGUGAAAAUGUACUUACCAGUCCGUGA